CCGGCCGCCCCCAGCCACCCGGCCUCUCCUCUGGAGCUCGCCGCCGCCUCGGGCCGGCGCCCCCGCCAUGUCGGGCGGGCUCCUGAGCGCGCUGGACAGCGACUCCUACGUGCAGCUGGGCCAGUACCGCGACCAGCACUUCCGGGGUGACAAGAAGGACCAAGAGAAGUUAUUGAAGAAAAGCUGUACUCUGUAUGUUGGGAACCUGUCUUUUUACACCACUGAGGAGCAGAUCUAUGAGCUCUUUGGCAAAAGCGGUGACAUCAAGAAAAUUAUCAUGGGCCUAGAUAAAGUGAAGAAAACAGCGUGUGGGUUCUGCUUUGUGGAAUACUACUCCAGAGCAGAUGCUGAAAAUGCCAUGCGCUACAUUAACGGGACCCGCCUGGACGAUCGAAUUAUCCGAACAGACUGGGAUGCAGGCUUCAAAGAGGGCCGACAGUAUGGACGAGGACGAUCUGGGGGCCAGGUACGAGAUGAGUAUCGAAAAGAUUAUGAUGCUGGCAGAGGAGGCUAUGGGAAAAUGUGCAAAAUCAAUGAGUGAUGGAAGCCCCUUGUGUACAAACAGACAACGUUGGCUGGUUGACGAUCCCUCGGAUAGCAACGCUCAAGUCCUGAAAACAGCUGAUAUAGAACAGGCUGUCUUUGGUUUCUCUGCCUCCAUACAGGAAUUACACCCCAAACCUUGACUUGGCUUUUCCACUCUGAAAAUCAUUAAAUGUCCAAAACUAAGCAAGUGACUGUGUUGGAGCCUUGAGUGGCUCUGUUGGUAGAUUUUAACCCAAUAUAGCACAAGAUUAGAAAAGUCUCAUUAUAUGACUGUGCUACUUACUGGUCAUGACUUGGAAUGGUCAUUUAGGGAAAAGAUCCUCAUGAAAUUUGUAUGAAAUGAGUGUAAUGAUCUGUGGCAAUAGCCUAUAAAUGAGAUUUAUUUCUAAGCUUUUCGAAGAUAUCCCUUGUUCCCAAGGUGUCUUGUAGCUCAUAAAGAUACACAAGUUAUUAGGGAAUUCCUAAAAGUGUUCUGCCUUAGUAUUAAUGAUCUGACAGAUGCAGAGUGAGGGCUCUGCACUGGUGUGCUGAAUGGAUGAUCUAGAAAGAAAUGUGUAUUUACAAUGUUAAGCACAUCCUUGAGCUUUCAAUGGGAAGUUGGUCCAAAGGAUGUGGAAGGAAACAGGAUCUUCUAUGGGAAAUUCCUCCUACAGACUGUAGGUAAGAAAUAUCAGAUGAAUUCCUCAGAAGUUCAUUUUAACUUGGAAAUUGGGCCAUGUUGAUGCUAGCCCUGUUGUAUUUUUUUUUUUAAUUUUACCAGAGUGGGAAGGGAACUGGCAGGGUUGAGAGGAGAGCCUGAAAAUUAAGGGAGCAAAACCUUCCUAAUAGGAAAGAUGGACUGAGCUUCACUUAGAACUGAUUUCCUGGUCAGUGAUUUGAGGCCACACCCAAGUGACAGGGUCCUUUUAUCAGCAUUUACAUUGCUGGUAAAAGGAUUGAAUUCUUGUUGAAUUGUGUACCUGAGAUGACGACUCAGCUGGGACAGGGUAGGAGGUUAUUUACUCCAACUAGGCAGAGAUUUACCUAUUAACAAGUUUUUUCCUGUUAAGUCUACUGGCUCAUCUGCAUCUAUUGGGGAAGACAGUCUGGAGCCCAACUGCAGAAACCCACUGUCAUUCACUUAAAGAAUUUUUAUCAAAGGAGGAAAAUCAAGAGCCAAAAUCAACCAGUAACUUGCCAUCUUUUCAGUGGUCUGUGGCUUAGGACAUUGGGGAGGAGAGAUAAAACUUCCUUUUGCAUGUUAAACUAUGACCAAGUGAUUAGUUGCAGAGUUUACAUGAGUUGUCUUGUUUCAGGUAACCCUAAUUUGUACAUUGUGAUCUGGGUCCAACCUUAUCCAUGUCUUAACUACGAACAGAACUUUGCAUUCGCAGACGCCGUAACAUCCUAGCAAGGAAGUCAUGUGCUGCCUAGAGAAGAGGGUGCUUUCCUCACACCCAGGGAAAGCUUGGCCUUUUUUUUUUCCUAUGGUUUUCUUUACAGGAUAGUUUUAGUUGUGUAUUUUAUUUCAUUCUGUGAUAAACAGAAAGGUUGAAUUUCAUUUAGUUCCUAAGAAUUUUGGAAUGGACAGUGCUUUCUCUCACGAGUUACUUGGCCAGGCCUCCUUCCAAUAAAGCUGUAACCAUCCCUCCA